GUUGAUGGAGUGAUGAAAUGUCAACCCCCUUUCAGUUUGGGACCAGGCAGCGCCAGUACUACAAGUAAAAAAAGCACCAAGAUGCAAGCCAGGCGUAGCUCUGACUCCAAGAAUGAGGCUGCACUAAAGAAAAAUGGCAAGAAACAGGGCCACUUACACAGCGAUCACUCAGGAGCUUACACCAAGGAAAAAGUGUCAGUCCAUCCCAGUGCUGAUAUAGCCACGGAGCACACCCUUCCCCAGGCCUCUGGUACUUUUCUCCCCUUGUCACAGGUAAUUUCUGAAACCAGCAGAGUCCAGAGCCAGGUGUGUUUGAAAGACCUCUGUCCUGAAGAUAAGCGGCGCAUUGCAAAUCUUAUUGAAGAACUAGCCAGAGUGAGUGAGGAGAAAGAAGAGUCAGUGCAGCGCCUGAAAGAUGAACAGGGCCAUUUUGAAUGCAAGAUCCAACAGCUGGAGCAGCAGAAUGUGGUCAUAGCACAGGAAAGAGAGAGUCUGCAGCAGCAGUAUAGAGAGUGCCAGGAGCUGCUUGGGCUUUACCAACAAUACCUUUCUCAGCAACAGGCGAAGCUCAACCAGUCCAUUUCCCAGCUCAGCCAGGGACCUGCCCACAGCAAGGUGCUCAGUAGUGAGGAAGCCCCCAGCAGAACUACUAGCAGUGCUAAUGGUCCGCUCUUUGAUGGCUCAUACCUCAGCCUUGGUACUACGUGGGCGCCACAGCCUCAAGUGCACAGGAGUGGUGGUGGAAGAAGAGGAGCUGUACAAACUGUUUCCUCUCUUUCCUGUGAUAGUGAGUUCAGUCCAGCUGACAGGCCAAUCAAUCAGCAUAGGAUUCAGAAAAGGGAGUGCAGGGAGUCACACUCCGAGUCCCGCCACAGAUGUGAGCACUAUCAAGGCAGCUGCCAAGACAGUGGCUACAGAAUACAGAAACGGAGGAGUGAUAAUGACCAUACUCUAGAGAAUGGCCACCAGGACAACUUCAGCCAACAUGAGUGUGAAAGGCUCCAGAAUGGGAAUAUCCUGGGCUCAGAGACUAAAGAAGCCCUGACCAGCCCUCUGCUAGGCCAUGAGGACUGGGAGGAGAAGAGGCACCAGCUGCUGCUGCAGAAGAUGCAGUUGGAGAUGGAGAGAGAGAGGCUGCACGCACGGCUGACUGAGCAAGAGGAGAAACUCAAUAGACAGAAUCAACAGCUACAACAGUCGCGUCUCGACUGCAAAAGGUUUCAAGAAGCAACUCAAUCUGAGCUCAGCAGCUCAAACACUAAGAAUGGAGAUCCAAAGGGUCUCACCCAACAAGAUUUACCCUCCAGCAUGCGUGAAGAUGCAGAGGUACCUCCUGCAAAACAGAGCUUGCAUGAAAAAUGUUCGCAAACUGUGCCAGCUCCUAGAGACAAUAUCAUUCACUCUUGUGAGGCCUUGGAGCUGUCCAGAAGGGACAAGGCCACAUCUCCUGCAAAAUCCUCUGCAAGUGUGAGGAAGCCUACGUCAGUGCCUGUGAUCCAGAAGGACCCCGAGGCCAGGUUGGAAUUUUCUGUGGUGGAGUUAUUGGAUAUCUUUAGUCCCGUCUCUGCGCCUGAGCAUUGCAAACCAUCCACUCAAAGGACCACAACAUCACAUCGUAGACCGGCCCUCGCUACCCCAAAACUAGUCUGCAGAAGUCUGCUUACCCCUGCUGGGUCUCAUCCUCAAAGCACUCAGCAGGACCUGGAAGAAAGCCAAAUACUGGAGGAUAUUUUCUUCAUUUGCUGA